UUCGGUUGAGCAUUCUUGGCAACGGUCUCGCGCGGUGAACAGGCAGCCGACCGUCGGCCGCGACGAGUGUUUCCACAACGCCUGGAGAUUUGUUUUAACGGAAUAGGAGCCGAGCCGAAACACCCGGAACAGCGUCGGAGACAAAUACUGAGCCUUUGCUGCACCGUGACUUCAUACCGCACCAACUCCACCUGCAUACGGCACAGGAGGCGGAGCAAGAUCUGCAUGAGACUGUGAAGUUGUCACAGAAGAAGACGCCUCCCCCACGACCCUCACCGGCCCUCAAUGGACCAGUGAGAUCUUUUCCACCCUGCAAGUUAAAGGCAAUGUGUUUGGGAGCUGGAGGCCGUAGCAUCGUUAGCAGAGUACGUGUGGGGCCCCUGCUCUUCCUCUUUCCCAGCACCCCUCCAGACAUGGGAUGCCAGCCUCCUGCCCACCGGCCCUGAGCUCUCCUGGGGAGCCAUGAACAGCUACAGAGACAGAGGGGUCACUUGCACCUCUUCAGACCUCCUGGUUGGAGGAGGGUUGCCCCAGCACACUCCGUUUCGUCACACCCCUAAUGGCCACCUGGCUCUUGGCCCCACUGACCUUUACAUCCAGCCACGCAUCUCCGUGCCCAAAAUGGGCGUUAGGGCGCGGAUCGCCGAAUGGCCCCCACGCCGCGCGCAGUCCAGGGAGUCGCUGAUUGAAAAUGGGCAGAUGGGCGCCAUUUACCACGGAGACGACGGCUCCACUUCGAUGUCCUCUUCGGUUUUGCCGCCUGACGUCGGUUUGGUGAGGGGAGGAGUUGCCAGGUUGCCACGACGACGGUCCAAGGAUGUGGAGUUCAGAGGAGGAGGGUUCAGCGUGGACAGAAGUUGCCCUUUCAGCCUGCGAGUGUUCCCUCCGCUCAGACAGCGCUCCAACAGCGAGGUGACGCUGAGCGAACAGGACGAAAACGAGGUGGAGGUUCGUGGAGGCUGCGGCAUGGGGAGCCUGUUCAGAGAGUACGGCAGCACCUCCUCCAUUGACAUCCAGGGCAUUCCCGAGCAGAGUUUCUUCGACAUGCUCAGCCAGUUCCACCAGGAGAGGCCUGACCAGCGCAGCUCGGCACCUGUACGCCUCGGGGAGCUGCUGAGCGCUCCGGACUCGCCGCCAGGCGCGCCCCUCCCCUCCGCCCCAUCGCCCGGUCCGUCGGUCGGGGACGACCGAGGGACGGGAAGGAAGGACGGAGCCGAGAGAGUCAGGAAGAAGAGUGGGGGGACGGAGUCGUCGCUGGGCACCUCCUCUCUGUUCAGGAAACUGAGGAGCUCUAGUCGCGGCGAGCUGGACGGAGGGAAAGGAGAGAACAGUGAGGAGGGGGGAGGCCGGGUUCCAGCAGACUAUAAGCUGUGGGUGUGCCCCAAGAGCUUUGUCCACUUCGAUGCUCAGAGUAUCCUGUUUGACCUCCACGAGGCGGCGGCUCAGCGGGGCUACGCCGCACAGAGGAGGAACACCGCCACGGGGGCAUCGGCUGCGUCGGUGUCCCUGUCCGUCUCCAGAUCCUCCGCUCCCAGCGCUAACGACCCCGUUUACUCCAGCAUAGAGGAUCUGACACUGAGCCUGGACCCCGGCUCCAUGACCCCCUCCCCGGGCAUGGAGCCGGCUGACGGGCCUCCCGGAGCCCACAACUCGAGCCCGCUGCUCCUCUGCUGCCCGCACUUCCUCAACGAGACCGGAGGCCACGGGGAGCGCAACAUCAGCUUCCUCAGCUCGUCGGCGGAGCGAGACGGAGGAGGAGACGGAACGAGGGGCUGGCUGAGGAGGAGCAACGCCAGUGUCUCGGUGCUCGAGGUUCCUGUGGAGCAGCAGGUGACGAGGCUGGACAGGCUGAAGCUGUACGGCAUCGAGCAUGUGGACCUGGGGGCCAGGUACUACCGGGACUACUUCCACGGGAAAGAGCACUCAAACUACUUUGGGACGGACGAUAAGAUGGGAGCCGUGGCCGUGAGCAUCCGCAGGGAGAAGCUGGAAGACACCAAAGACCUGAAAGACCAGUACCAGUACCGCCUCAUCGUCAGGACCAGUGAGCUUGUGACGCUGCGAGGCUCCAUCUUGGAGGAUGCGGUGAUGUCGACGGGGCGCCACGGCACCGUGCGAGGUCUGCCGCUGAAGGAGGUCCUGGAGCAGGUGGUCCCCGAGCUCAGCGUCUCCUGUUUGAGGCUGGCGCUCAACACGCCCAAAGCCACCGAGCAGCUCCUUAAACUGGACGAACAGGGGUUGAGUCAGAAGCACAAGGUGGGUGUUCUGCUGUGCCGUGCGGGCCAAAGCACAGAGGAGGAGAUGUACAACAACGAGGAGGCGUCACCCGCCUUCUCUGCCUUCCUGAAGCUGCUGGGGGAGCAGGUCCUUCUCAAAGGAUUCACCAAAUACGCCGCGCAGCUCGACACAAAGACGGACUCUACAGGCACCCACUCCCUGUACACCACCUACCAGGGCUACGAGGUCAUGUUCCACGUGUCCACCAUGCUGCCGUACAUGCCCAACAACCCACAGCAGCUCCUGAGAAAGAGGCACAUAGGGAACGACAUUGUCACUAUAAUCUUUCAAGAGCCGGGAGCGAUGCCCUUCACCCCGCAGAAUAUCCGCUCGCACUUCCAGCACGUCUUUGUUAUUGUCCGUGUGCACAACCCUUGCUCUGAAGGCACCUGGUACAGCGUCGCUGUGACCAGAAUGAAAGACGUGCCUCCUUUCGGCCCGCCCAUUCCCAGCGGCGUCGCUUUCCGUGACCCCGAAACCUUUCGGAACUUCCUCCUCGCCAAAGUCAUCAAUGCGGAAACCGCGGCGCACAAGUCCGAGAAGUUCCACACCAUGGCGACGCGAACGCGCCAGGAGUACCUGCGCGACCUGGCCGAGAACUACGUCAGCAGCACACCGCUCGACACCGCCGGCAAGCUGAACAACCUCAUCUCCCUCGCGUCCAAGAAGCGCGAGCGCUCCAAGGCGAGGGAGGGAGCCGAGCUGGGCGCCGCGGGCGCCAUCGCCUGGAGGGUCCAGGCCCAGGACUUCAGCGGAGGUGGCACGGAGCUCCCCUGCGCCCUGGGUCUGUCGGCUGAGUACGUCCUCCUCACGGACUGCUCCACCAAAGAGGUGGUGUUCAACUGCUUCUGUGCGGACGUGAUCGGCUGGACGCCGGAGCGGCUCACCCUGAAGAUCUUCUACGGCCGAGGAGACCACAUCGCCGUGCGCGUACCAGAAGGCUGCGCACAGGACAUCAGGGAGAUGGUGCAGAGGUUAAAGUCCCUGACCGUAGGAUGUGAGACGGUGGAUAUGACUCUGAGGAGGAACGGACUGGGUCAACUGGGCUUCCAUGUUCGCCUGGACGGCACAGUGGCCGAGGUGGAGGAAUACGGCUUCGCCUGGCAGGCCGGACUGAGGCAGGGCAGUCGGCUGGUGGAGAUCUGCAAGGUGGCCGCGGUGACGCUCACCCACGAGCAGAUGAUUGACCUGCUGAGGACCUCGGUCACUGUCAAAGUCAUCAUCAUUCCUCCGUACGAAGAGGGGGGGCCUCGCAGGGGCUGCACAGAGGACUAUGAGAUGAAGACCAUGGAGCAGAAGCCAGAACCUGAGCCUCUGGCGGCCGGCUAUCGACCCUCCCCUCGCGCUGCAUGCCGAUGGGACAGUCCCGUCAUUCCUCCGGGGCUCCACAGUGUUCCUAACCAACAGCGCUGGGGCCCUAUGGGUCCCCCGCCUCCUUCACUGGCCCGCUCACACAAGACCAUGAUUCCCGUUCCCUACAGGGAGCCCCAGCACCUCAACUCAAAGAGGCCAGUGAGCUACCCGGAGAACCACUACAGUAUGUCUCCCACAGUAGUGCUGCCCUACAGAAACCCCUCAGCCAGCUUCUCCUCGCCCUCCUCAGGCUUGGUAGGCCUCUCCACAAUGGGGCCACCUGGAAUCACACCAGGCCCCUUCAUACGCUACAAACCCUCCCCCGACAGAUAUGGAGCAGGACAGCGCCCCCUGCUGCCCUUUGAGCCCCAUUUCAGUGUGGACAUCAAUUCCAGUGGCGAGUCUUCCUCGGGCUUCACCAGCCAGGAGAGCACUAUGGAGCGCUGCAAAACAGAACCCCUCUGGCACGUCCCGGUGCCGUCGUCCCGGGGGCCAGGCGGUGGAGGGGGGCAGAGGAGACCAACCAGACAGGAUGUCCCCGGGAAGGACUCUCCGAACAGACACUCGAAGGGCGAGACGCAGUACUCCAGCCACUCCAGCAGCAACACGCUGUCCAGCAACGCCUCCAGCGGCCACAGCGACGAGCGCUGGUUCGACGGCGGACCUGUAGGAGAGCGAGGAGUCGGCGGUUGCCUCGGCGACCCGGUGGACCCUGACCCCGACCUUCUCAACAAGGGGGGGUCCAACGACAGCGGAAUCGACGCCUCGACCCACUACAACAACAAUCGCCAGGGAAACGUGUCCAGCAGCCAGUCCCACAAGCCCAUGCACGGCUUUGCAGCGUACAGCGGCGUCCAGGAGCUGUCUGUGGGGAGGGGCAGCAGCGGAGAGGCGAGGAGACGGGAGUCUUCGCCCAUCAUAGCAGCCAAGGCAAAUCAGAACAAAGGGUACCGCACCAGGACAUUCCCGCCUCCCGGCUCCAGCGCAGAUAAAAUGGAUGCUUUCAAGCCCAGGGCCUACACACCGCAGGGCUACAAAACACCAGCUGAGAGAGCGCGGCCCGUCCGAGCGGCCACGACAACGCCCACCUCCGCUCAUUUGAGCUCCGCCCCUCUGUCCAGCUCCGCUCCCAAGGCCUUCUAUGGCAAGAGCAGACAAAGCGCGUGGCAGAACCACGACAGCAGCCCGUCACCUUCGAACACAACGACCUCCAGCUCCGACAGCAGCAAGAGCAAGAAGCAGGUGGAUGCAAACUCAAAGAACGUGUUUGGGCAACCUCGCCUGCGAGCCUCACUGAGGGACCUGCGCUCCCCGAGACGCACUUACAAAAGCACCAUCGAAGACGACCUGAAGAAACUGAUCAUCAUGGACAACCCGGGAGAGACGCCACAAAGGGAUCCGUCUCCCAGACGGACCUUGCAGCGCACCUUCUCCGAUGAGUCACUGUGCAGCGGGCGCAGGGACGCCAGCUUCGCCAACUCCGAGAACCCGACGACGGCCACCGACGUCCUGUUCACCUGCACGCUGCCCACGCGCAGACAUGCCGUCUCCUCCAGCCAAAACCAGAGCAAGAAGGGGCCUCUGUCCGCCUCAGAGCUGUCCCUCACAGAGGUUAGAGACAAAGUCCCCCCCCUGAGGAGGCUCGAUCCCGGGCUCAUGCCUCUUCCCGACACAGCCAGUGGCCUGGAGUGGUCCAGCCUGGUCAGCGCUGCGAAAGCCUACGAAGGUGAGGAUGGAGACACCUCAGGAUUAGCACAACGAGCAGUUUCCCUCUUCUCACUGACCGAGCCACCGGCCGGCAGUCCGGACACGAGACCAGUCGUCAGCCCGGUGCAGUUUCAGACUCCUCAGACGCCGCGGACCACACCGACCUUUGGCGGCGACGAGGUGUCCAGCGAUAUGUCCGGUCGGCUUCUCCACCUGGAAGUGAUGUUGAAACGGCUGAACAAUGAUCUGGAUAAAGAGAAGAAGGAUAAAGUCAUUCUGCUGGCAGAGAUGGCCAACCUGAGAGAGAACAACCAGCGCCUGCAGGAGGAGAGCCUCACAGCCAGCGAGCAGCUGCGCAAGUUCAGCGGCAUCAUCACCAACGACAAUAAGGAGAGCGAGCGCGAGGCUCACUCCCUGACGCACAAAGCCGACUCCAGGAGGGAGUGACACCUGCAGGAGAAGAGAGUCUGCCCGCGGGGGAGAGCCCCCGUGACUCCUUUCACGCGCAGCGGCGGCAGAGGUCACACCGACGUGCCCUCGCUCAGCUUCUGCGGGACCGCCUUAAACUGUAGAGAGAGCAAGAAAUAAGACGACUGAUUUAAAAAAUGCAUCGCUCCCUGAAAGUCUCCCCACAGAGCAGAGACCCCCCCUCUCUAGUCUCUGUGUCUGUUUAUUUUUAUAGACUGAAGUAAAAAAAAAAGUCUUGAAUACUAGCAGUGUCUAUAUAUCUAUAUAGAUACAUACAUACAUAUGCUACUAUGCCAGAGGAGCGAGUAGGAGAGGAAACUGUUUGAGAGAACGCUACAUCACCUGGAGAGGCCUAAUACUGUUCCCGAAGCGAAUCAG